AUGGCACGGCAUCAUGAACCAGUCAACGCAAAGAGAAGGGGUCCUACCACAGGUGUCAAAUAUUACCUCGUCACAUACAACGUGCUCUCCGCUCUCGGGUGGUCAUACGUGUUAAUUGUCACCCUCAUACAUGUGUUUCGCCUGGACACCCCUCAGUCGACAACUAGCAAUGCUGCUGAGCAAGCUAAAUCGGCCCUGCAGAGGUUACUCGAGCUCAUCCUUUCCUACAUACCUUUCCUUCCGAAACCGCGCACGGUCGUCAUCAAGGAGCACUUGCGCACCAGGCUUCCGGUAGCACUUUGGCCGUACAUUGACCGGGCUGCGUCUGCCUUCUGGCGCGUUGGUAAACAGACCGCAUUUGUGCAGAGCUUUGCCGCGCUGGAGGUCGUUCAUGUUCUGCUGGGGUGGGUUCGGAGCCCGCUGGUUACUACCGCAAUUCAAGUUGCUAGCCGGCUCUGGCUGGUGUGGGGAAUAUGUGAUCAGUACGAAUCAGCCCGCACGAGCCCCCUAUAUGCGACCAUGGUGUUCGCCUGGUCCGUGACGGAAGUCAUCCGCUACUCCUUCUAUGCCUUCAACCUCACCGGCAAAGAACCCUAUCCUCUGGUGUGGCUGCGCUAUACAACCUUCUACAUUCUCUACCCGCUCGGCGCUGGCUCCGAAGCCUUCGUCAUGUUCUCUACCCUGCCCAGUUCCUCGCCGUUACCGUCGGAGCAGACCGCAUUCUCGCAAAAAUGGGACUGGACGGAUUACGGCCGCGGCGCUCUCUUCUUAGUAUGGUGGCCAGGGCUUUACGUGAUGUAUACCUACAUGAUCAAGCAGCGGCGUAAGGUCAUAGGAGGCGGUGGUCAGAAGCUAAGGCCAAAAUCGAAGUCAGAAUGA